GCGAAUAUUGCACGGGACGGCCGCGGCCGACGCGUAGGUUAGGGUUCAUCGAAGGUGGAAACGGGCGCGGGAACGUCGUGCACUGUUUUCUAUCCGUUAAGUUUGUCGCAGAAACCGAGUGAUUGCCGUCAUCGUUCGCGGAACUGAAGCCAAGCAGCCAUGGCGUCCGCAGCGGACGAGAACUCACCCCCGAGACUAGAUGCCCUGCCGAAAUCCCGGCGCCUGUCGUCGCUCAUCGACUCUCCCAGCAGAGUGACUCGCAGCCAAGUCCGCCGGCUCUCCAGCGCCCCCAGUGCUGCUGCGGCGGAGGCUCCCUUGCCCAUGUCCCCCAAGCCCACCGUGUCCACCAGAAGGCGCUCGGCGGUCGCCGCGAGGAGCGACGCGGCGCACCAAGAUGAGGCUCCUGCUUCUCAAGAGGAGCCGGACACCGGCAAGGCACUGCCCAGGAGGCGAUCUGUCAGGAAGUCGUUUGCGGAUGGGAAUGACGAAGGUCCGCUGUCAAGUCGAUCAAGCAAGCUGAGCAGCAUCGAUGAAGAUUCGAAGGCUAACUCCAAGGAAGAGUCUAAACCCACAGCCAUGUCAGAGUCAAGGCCUGUUACGAGGCGCACAAGAGCUUCCAUGGCCUCUGCUCUGGAACCAGAACCAGAAAUUUGUCUGCCAACUACUCGACGCACCCGGCGUAGCUCCAUCAGCAGUGUCUCCUCCAUAACUUCGAGUGUUGUUGCAUCUCCCAGGACCCGCUCACGGAAGAACUUGUCCCCUGUACCGUCUCCUACCUUCUCUGAAGUCAGUACCAUGUCAGAAGUUCCAGAAACUUCUCCAGCUUCAAAAACUAGCCCAAGUAAAGACAGCAGCCCUUUGGUCGAUAAAUCGGAGAAGAAAUUGGGCACUCCUCGCCAAUUGCAAUUCCACAAUUCAGACUCUGCCAAGACCAAGAGAUCAUCAUUCAUUGUGUCUGAACAUAUUGAGGGUGAAGAUACCAGUUCCAAGACUGAUGGUGUAGAAAGUUGUCAGCCUGCAAGGAGGUCGCAGGGAAGAUUGUCAUCAAAAUCUCCUCUAAAAUUUGUGGAAACACCUAUGGACGAUAGUGUGAAGUCCAAUCAUGAUGUGGAGAAAAAAUCGAAUGAUGAAGGCAAUGUUGAGGUAGAAUUUAACAAAGCCAGAAGUUCUGUCGGCCGUUUGUCAUUGUCUGCAAACAAGUCAUCACGUUUAUCACUGUCUUCAAACAAGUCAACGCCGAACAAAUCGUCACCAUCACUGAUUGAGAAGUUUGACAGUUCUCCUAAUUUAUCUCUCAGCGGAUCUCGUCGGAGUUCCAAAAGACUAUCUCUUUCAUCAAACAAAGCAUCGCCUGCUGAAAAUUUAAAGUCUGAUUUACAUUUAACUGAAAGUGAAGAUAAGGUCAACUCGGAAUCUAGAUCUCCCGCUGUCUUUAUGUACAACCGUUCAAAUGUGACAGAAGAAAAUGCUGGCUCACCCAGACUGACUUGGAAUGGUUCUCUGAGAGAAUCAGCUGGAAGGCUCUCCAGCAAGUCUUCCCCUUUUAAGUUUGAUGUGUCUGACGGAGUGUCUCCUAAAAAGUCUCAACCUGAAACUGCCAGCUCAGAAAAUGUCCAAUCUUAUGAAGCCUCUCAAGACGUUACUUCUAAUAGUUCUGUCCUGCCAGAAAAGAGUGAGCUCGACAAUUCUACAAGAAGUUCCACCCGAAAGAUCUCUGUAGGAAAAUCCCCAUUGUUGGGCUUGCAAGAAUUGCGAUCAGAGAAUUCCUCCAGUCCAGAUUCUAGUGUGACCAAAGGCAGCACUGAUCAGCAAAUAUUUGAUGUGGAAGAUUCUUCAACUGACCCAAGCUUAGUUGAGGUGGUUGUCGAGAAGAGGAACUCUUUGGGCAGAUUGUCCUUGUCUUCUAAGCAGGCUACACCAAGUAAGCUUCAGAGCCCUGCUGGUCCCUCUAAGGUGUCUGAUAUUGAGACCAAGGGUAGGUUUUCACUGUCUUCGAACAAAUCAACACCUGCCAAAUCUGCUAAAUUUGAUACUUUUGAAGUGUCUAAUACUGAAAGUCAGCAGUCCUCACUUAGUAGACUUUCAUUAUCUUCUAAUAAAUCAACACCAGCCAAGUCUCCUCAAUUUGAUAAUCCUGAACUGUCAAAUACUGACAGCAACCAGAAGACUUCAGUGAACAGGUUGUCAUUAUCUUCCAACAAAGCCACGCCAUCCAAGUCAUCAAAGGCUGAAGCUGUGGCCACCCAGGAGCAUAUUUCCACCCCAAGUACAAGUGGCUCUUCAGACAAGUUGUCUCCAGCAAAUUCAUCAGACAGUGGCUCUCCCCAAUCGGCCGAUGAAGAUGCGCCCAAUACCUUUUUAAGCAGAUUUUCAUUGUCAUUCAAUAAGUCAACACCAGCUAAGGCUUCACCUGCAAAGUCACCUAAUACUCCUCAGGUGCAGCUCAAUGAAUCGCAGCGCAGCUCCAUUGGUAGAUUGUCUUUGUCCUCAAACAAGUCACCACAACCAGAAGGCCUCAGAGCCAAUGAUGAAAUGGAGCAUGUCUCUGAUAAUGAAGAAUCAGACUCUGUCUCAUCUGCAGAUCCUUCUCAACGUCGUGAGUCAGUGGGUAAACUGAAUUUAUCGGGCAAAGUCGAAACAUCAUCCUCAACAAAGUCAACUGGAAGACCAUCUUUAACUCCAAGCAAGAUAUUGAACAUUUCUCACCAUCAAGAGGAGGAUGCCAGUAGUGAUGAUGAUGCAAGCAAUGAAGACAAUGAUGAUGCCAACAAUGACGCCAAUCAUGCCAAUGGCGAUGCCAGCAAUGAUUCCUUCAAGCUGUCCUCCAAAAUUUUCAGUCACUUGAACCCCAGUGAAGUUUCAAGACGUGCGUCUACAGGAAACCUCUCUAAGAAACCAUUGAUAUCUGACCAGAAAGCAAGGGCUUCAAUGGGACCCCUGAUCAACCCUUCAACGUCAUACCCAGACGAUUCAGAGGAUGAAAAUGACUCCUCUAAUUCAUCAGGUGGAAUUGGGGACAGCUCUAAUACAGCAAAUGACCGAAGCCAAUUUGGAAUGGGUGAAUUGACAUUGUCUCCCAUCAAGCAGGAUAGUCCAUCUAAGAAACGCAGUCUUACCCCUGCCUCUGACAAGACUUGCAAUGAACCUGAACGACAAACAUCCCCUAGCAAUCUGUUGGAAAAGUCAACUGUGUUCGAUGAUGAUUCUUUUGCCUCCAAUACUGAAACCAGUGAACAAGCUUUAGAAAUGUCAGUGAGCAGCCUAAAACCUAGCAAUUUGAACAAGUCUAUUAAUAAUGAGAAUAAUGUGUCCCAGCUUGCUGAUGCUGCAGAUUUAGACUCAUCAAAGAGAUUUUUGAAGACCCCUACUAAAGAUGUCCCUAACGAAGAAAGCAUUACUACUAGCAAAGUGUCCUCUCAAAAGAAGCUGGGUUCUACUAAAGUUUACCAAGCUGCUGCAGUUUUGAUGAGUGGUGGCAAGAUUUCCGAUUUUGAUGAUGAUGAUUCUGAUGACAGUCAGUUGCAGACAGUCUUUUCUCCAUCAACCAUGAGCAAGAAGGAGAUAAGGUUGGAGAAGAAAGCCCGAAGAAAGGCAGAGAAAGAAGCAAGGAAGAAACUGAAGCAGGAAUGGAAUUCCUAUACCUGUGUGAAUGAGAUAAAAUCUUUAAAACAAUCUAUGGCAAAAUCUUUUGCAAGAUCUUUAGAAGUUGCUGAAGCUGCAACCAAACCUGAUUACAAAGAAAAUACUCAUCAAACUCAAAUCAGUCCUCACCCUGAAAGUAGCAAGAAGAAGAAAAGCAUAGAGGCAAAUGUGGCUAGGAGUGAGGUUUCAAAUGUUAUGGAUGAAAAGUUAGAUUUAUCUGAAAAAACUUCCAGCAAAAGGCGAAAGACCCUUUCUCAGUCAGAAUGUGACCUUCCACUUGAAGACGAUGAAAAUAACACACCUUCACCUCUGAAGAAUGAUGAAAAGCCUGCUGAGACCGACAUUCAAAGUGCUGAAAAGUUGAAGAAGUUGAAGAGGUCAAAGAGUGGAAGUGCUGACUUGGAGACUGGUGUCAGCAAUCACCAUGAAGAAAUAGGAACCGGGAAUACUUUACCUGAUGAUGUAAAGACUGCUUGCAAGAAGAAAAAGAAGAAGGCUAAGACUAUCACUGCAACAGAAAUGGAACUUAAUGCUGAAGUACCUCCUGCUUCAAAGGACAAGAAAAAGAAACUGAAGAAAAAGGGUCUGGUUGACGAUGCACCCACGGCAGAGCUUCCUUUGAAGGCCAAGAAGAAGAAAUUGAAGAAAAGUGUUCUGGGCGAUGAGGCACCUCUAGAAGAUAUUUCCAUUAAGAAGAAGAAGAAAAAACAAAAGUUAGCCUCUGAAAAUCACUCUGUUGAAGAAACUACGACUGAAGCUCUCAAAAUAAAAAAGAAGAAGAAAAAGAACAAGGAUUCAGUUCUUCAGCCAUCCUCAGCUUCAGAAGAAAACUUCAGCAAUGUACUUUCCCAUGAUUUACAGAAACAGAAAAAAAAGAAGAAAAGGAAGUUGUCUUCGAUUGAUGGGACUGUGGACAUGGAUGAGAAUUCGAGCACGAAGGUGAUGUUAGUUGAUGACACCAAUGCAACUCAUUCAGGAAGUGGAAAAACACAGGUGAAAAAGCUCAAGAAAAAGAAAGAAAAGCUGAUGCCUGAUGAAAAUAAGGAAGUUUCUUCAAAACAACAUAAAAAGAAACUCAAGGAAAAGAGGGUCUUGGAACUGGUCCCCAGUACAGCUGAUGGUUCUGAUUCUGAAGAUGAACCCACAUCGGUUUCAUUUGCUGCAGGAAAGAAUGCUGCCCUUGCAUUGAUGGAGGCGGCAGCACUGAACAUUAAACAGCAAAAAGAGAUGAAAAAGCAGAAAAUAAAAGAAGUGCAGGAGAAAAGAAGGCAGGAGAAAUCAGCUAAGAUGCUGAAGCAGAAGAAAAAUAUUAUUGAUGUAGAUGUUGGAAGCCACACUUCUAAAAAAGGUGGAUUUCCUGUUUCAUCUUCUAAAAUCAUCUUUGAUGACCAAGGCAUUAGUCAGAAAGUUAAACCACCAAAGCGUCUGCCAACUGACCUUCUGGAAUCUCUCAGUGAGCAACCAGCAACGAAGUAUGUUAAACGGCCUGAUGGUUCCAAAGAGAAAGUUCCUGCGGAUGCAGUGUCAUCUGAAGAGCUUAAGAAGCGUGAAAUGAAGAAAGCUAGGAUAUUAGCACGUAAGUUGGAAAAGCAAAAGUUGCUCCAGUCUGAUUAUGUACCUUUAGAGGGAGUACUUGGUGCCACCCGCUUUGGCGUUGUUCCUCUGCGGAAUAUCAUGCUUGCCAAGAAGCUUCAGCGAAACAAACUUGCCGAGGAGGCUGCAAAUUUCCGUCAAGCAAAUUUGUUUGGAAAUCGCAUCCGCAGAACUCCUAUUUCUUCUGCAAUUUCUUAUCAAGAAAAACGGAAAGCAUCUGGGACAGACGGAUUAGUGUACAAGAAGUAAUAAGUAGAUUAAACUUCCUUAAAUUUUUUGAUUGUGUGCAUGUAAAUGUAAGUGAAGAUUGGAACAUGAUUAAAUUCAUUGACUUGGAUUAUACUUUCCAAGCUUCAUGUAUGUCAUUGAAAAUUGAUGUGUGCUCCAAGCAUUUUGUUCGCCGGUGAAAAAGUUGAUUUUCUUCUGUUUCCUUUUUUUCUUUUUAUUAAGACUUGUGUGCCCAGAAUAAAACUUUUAUAACUGUAAAUGUGAUUUUAUGUAUAAUUGCUUGAUAUUUUUGUAUUUAAGGUUCUUUGAUGCAGAUGCAUUAUGUAUUAUGAAACAUCUGAUGUUAAGGGCUGUGCUGGAUAAUUUGUUCAAAUAAAACGACCCCUGCACUAGGCAGGCUUAAAAAAUAACAAACCA